CUCGCAAAAUCACAACUGACCUCCACGCCAGAGGGAGAGCCUUCCGCUUUCGCUGCAACUCCAACAACAACGCAGGCGGGCAUCGCCCCAUCGGCAUGGCCGACGACGCCGCCGCCCACGACCCCGACGGGUUCAACAAGUGGUGGGAGACCUUCAACAAUGGCGGCGCCGUGGAAGAUGAGCCGAUGGUGGACUCCGACUCCGAUUUCGAGCAGGGCGCGGAGGAGGAGGAGGAGGAUGCGGGCGUGGUGGCGGGCGAGCGCGACCGGAAGGUGGAGCCGGACGCCCUCGCCCCCGCCGGGAGGGAGGGCAGCAGCGGCGCCGCCCGCGAUUGCGACGUUGCAGAGGAGGAGAUUUCUGAGGAUGGCCAUUUUCAGCUUGAAGGUGUGCUGCAGGGAAUGAAGAGAGAAGCUGCCGCCGGACGAAAUACACCGGGGGCUACUGCAGCUGAGAUCCAGAACGAAGUAGGUCAAGAGGAGUACGUUUCUGAGGAUACCUAUGUUGGAGUUGCGGAGGAGAUUUCUGAGGAUAGCCAUUUUCAGCGUGAAGAUGGGCUGCUGGGAAGGAACAGAGAAGCAGCCGCCAAACUAAAUACACCACGGGCUUCUGGAGAUGAGGUCCAGAACGAAGAAGAUCAAGAGUGGUAUGUUUCCGAGGACAAGAUUGGAGGCGGGCAGCAAGCAAGGAAGAGGAAAACAACAGUGGCACCCAACAAACAGCAAAUGACUGGAAUUAAGAUCCGGAAGAAAACUGUUUAUGGUGAGUGUCUGAGAGCUGAGAAUCAGAUGCUGAGGCUGCAGCUUGUUCGCAAGACGAAAGAGCUUGAGGCUGAACAGAUUCGGAGACUCGAGCUAGAAUUGCAUUUUAUGAAAAAGGAGAACGAGCUUCUGAAGAAGCAGCUUGAAGAGUUGAAAGCUGAGAAUGAGUACUAUAAGAAGACCGCAAAGCCACAAAAAACCCGAAGGCUGUGCAGGUUCUGUAAGGAAUAUGUCGACCACGACUACCGCAACUGCCCCGAGAGACGCGCUUCCGCUUGUUCUGAAGAAGACGACGGCUCCAACUAACAUCCUGUGAAGUUAUGCUGUGUAGUACCUACCCGCUAGGAUUUAGUUCUGUAGAAUGUGCUCGUGCGGCAGUGCGCGAGCCUUUUGUUGAUUUUAGUGAUGCUUUUGCUAUUAUAUUAGCUCUAGUGGCAGCUAGUUACCGCGUAUCUUAGAAACAGAUUUGCUGCAGAACAUGAAAUUUCUGCUGCACUUGAUCUGUUCAGUCUCCUAUGAUGUUUAUGUGAACUUGAAGGUCUAGUCUGAUUAGUAUUGAAGCUUCUGGGAAACAACUUA